AUGCCACCCAGGAAGCGCAAGGCCGAUGCCAGCGAUGGUCUUGACUCUGAACCCCCAUCCACAGCACCAGCGGCGAAGCGUGCAGCACGCAACAAGCGGCCAGCACCAGCAGCUGCAGGCAAGGGCCCCGCAAAGGCGCAGGACGGCAGGGUCAAACGUAGAAGAUUUGAGGUCAAAGAGAUCCUAGUCCCCUUAGAGGCCGGAUCGUGCUUCGCUUUCGGAUCUAACCCGUUCGGCGCGCUCGGCCUGGGCGAGGACGUCACCGAAAAGUCACGACCAGCAGUAGUUCAGGUUGACAACGUCGAUGGCAGCCCCGCCGAGAUUGUGCAGGUCGCCGCCGGCGGCAUGCACACCGUGGCACUCGGCCGCGACGGCGCCGUCUACACCUGGGGCGUCAACGAUGAGGGCGCGCUCGGCCGUCCAACAAGCGGGUCAGCUUGGGAGUCGGAAGACGACGCCGGCAAAGAGGACCCCGCGCUGCCUGGCCUGGCACGCCUGCCCGCCGGCGUGCGUGCAGUGCAGGUCGCCGCGGGCGACGGCUUCACUUUUGCAAUCGACGCGGACGGCGCCAUCUGGGGGUGGGGCUGCUUCAAGGACGACGGCAGCGGCGCUGCGGGCUUCCCCGGCGCCCCGAGCGGCAGCAAGCUGCAGCGGCUGCCGUCCAAGGUGCACGCGCCGUCCGACGCGCACGGCCGCGUGCUCAAGCUCGCCGCCGGGGCGCGCCACAUGGCAGCGCUGACGCGCGGCGGCGACGUGCUGACCUGGGGCAUGGGCGGCCAGGGGCAGCUUGGGCGCGUCGCCCCUUACGAUACGGAGAGCUUCCCACCGCUGGGUGACCUCAUAACGCCGGCGCCCGUGCCGGGCGUGUCCGCCGCGCUCGGCGGCGGCGGGGUCGCUGAUGUGGCGUGCGGCGCGUACGGCACGUUUGCGCUCAGCAGCCGCGGCGCUGUCGCCGCGUGGGGCCUCAACAACGCCGGCCAGCUCGCCCUGCCGCUCGCGCCGGCGGCGGCGGCCGACGAUGCCGCCGCCGCAGGCGCCGGCGGCGCGGGCGGCGGUGGCGGCGGCGGCGGUGGUGGUGGUGGUGAGGGCGCAGCCGGGGAGCGGAAAGGGGAGCAGGGCGGCGGCCACUUCCACUGGGAGCCCCGCGCGGUCGGCGCGCUCUCGCGCGUCGCCGCCAUCGCCGGCGGCGAGCACCACACGCUCGCUCUCACGCGCGCCGGCCACGUCCUCUCGUUCGGCGCGCCGACCUACGGUAUGCUCGGCCGCUCCAACGUGGACGUGGCCGCGGGCAGCAGCGACAACCACGCGCCGUUCCCCAUCGACCUCGCGGACGGCCUGCGGGACGAGGCCGUGGUGGGCAUCGCGGCCGGUACAAACGUGAGCGCGGCGGUCACGCGGCAGGGGAACCUGUACCUCUGGGGCUCAAACGUGAACUUCCAGAUGGCCAAGGGCGAGGACGACGACGACAACCGGCUGCCCACGCGCAUGCGGCGCAACAAGGCGUUCGGGCGGCGGCGCGUGCUGGCGGCCACGUUCGGCGGGCAGCACGGCGUGCUCCUGGCGAGCGGCGAGGAGGUGCCGGCGUAG